CAGCCGCAAUAGGCACAACAGCAGCGGCGACUGCAGGGACGACGACGACGACGACGACGACGACGCCGGGGCGGGCGCUGUGCGCAGAGGGGAGGGGUAGGCGGGCGGCGCCGGCGGCUUCAACUGCGGCAGCCACGGCUAGGGCGGCGGAAGAAGAAUCGCCAUGAGCUGGCGGUCUAGUUAGGCCUAGCAGCGAGAGUGGCCGCUCUGGUUGUCCUCUGCGGGGGAUCUCCAUAGAGACCGUGACAUACACAGAGGAGGUGGUCCGCCGGAGUCCGCCGGAACGGAGCCAGUUACUGGGCCUCUGUCGCCGCCACGGCCUUCCCAGCUGCCAGCGCGCAUUUUCUCUUCACUCCGCUCGCAACCUCGCGGUUCCUGGUGUGCCUGUGCCCCACAGAGUGGGCAGCGCGGACGGACUUUUGGGUUGGGGCUGGGCGGGGGGGUGGCUCUAAGGCGGCCGCUUCUGCCUCUCCCGCCCCCUUGCCCGCCCCGGAGCGGGAAGCAGCCGAGGCUCAGCCAUGGCCUCGGGAGCCGGAGGAGUAGGAGGGGGCGGUGGCGGCAAGAUACGGUCGCGGCGUUGCCAUCAGGGGCCAAUUAAGCCUUACCAGCAAGGGCGACAAAAGCACCAGAGUAUUUUUAACAGGUUGACAGAAUCUGUUAAGAAUAUUGUGCCACAAUGGCUACAGAACUACUUUAGCAGGAAUGAAGAUGUAUGCACCUGCUCAGCAGUUAGAAGAGAGGCACCACAGGGGCCGAAAAAUAGAGAAGAUGACCAUCUGAUAUGUGCUGAUGAGGAGAGCGCUAAUAUUCGCCGUGGCAGAAUCACUCCUGAGCCAACACUCAGUAACACGGAAGAUACCUCAACAACUACUACUUCAAAUUUUCCACAUGUAGUAAUGAGCCCUUCUCUUCAUCGGAACCAUCUGAAUUUCUCCAUGUCGGAAUCUCCUGCAUUACCCUCUCAGCGUUUGACAUCCUCAUUCCCAAGGGGCAGUUCUCAAAUUUCCGUUGUGAAGGAAAUGAAAGAUUCUGCCUCUCAGCAUGACAAUGGUAACAUCUCAACUACCAGUGGUGUUUCUUCAAGAGCUUCUGCUAAAGAUAUAGCUGUUUCAAAGAACACUUCAGUGCCACAUCUGUGGUCCCCAGAGGCUGAACGUUCUCAUUCAUUUUCACAGCACACUGCCACCAGCUCCAAAAAACCAGCAUUUAACGUAUCAGCUUUUGGAACACUUUCCUCUUCAAUUGGGGACUCUUCGAUCCUUAAAACAAGUGAGCUUGGAGAUUCUCCUUUUUACCUUGGCAAAAUAAGGUAUGGUGGGGCAGUGAUGGUUGUCAGACAGCCUAAAGUACGAAACACACCAUAUCAGGCACCAGUCAGAAGACAGAUGAAAGCUAAGCAACUCAAUGCACAAUCUUAUGGUGUGACUAGUUCAACAGCUCGGCGAAUAUUACAGUCUUUAGAGAAGAUGUCAAGUCCUCUAGCGGAUGCAAAAAGAAUUCCAUCUGUUUCUUCUCCACUGAAUUCUCCUCUUGAUAGGACUGGAAUAGUUGCCAGCACAGAUUUUUGGGCCAAAAGGGAAAAGGUGGACUCUAAUUAUCCUCCUGUUCAGAGACUAAUGAUCCCAAAGCCAGUCUCCAUAGCAGCAAAUCCAACUGUUUAUUUUAAACCAUCUCUGAUGCCAUUUGGUGAAUUAAAGAAGACUAAUCAAAUAAUAGAUAAAAACCUCAGUACCGGAAAUGAAAGAAAUAUGACACCAGGACAAAAGAAAGAACAAGAAAGUGGUUUAUCUCACCCAAAUUUCAGUAUAUCUGCAGCCAAUGGUUUAUCUUCUGGAGUAGGUAGUGGAGGUAACAACAUGAAAUGGGGGAGAACACACAUUGUGGCAACUAAACCCCCAGAGAAGGAGGAAAUGCAAAUACCAGUAUUACCGAGAAUCACUUUACCCAUGACCAGUUCUUCAUGGCCUCCCAUAAAAUUUAGUUCAUCUGUGAUGACUUCUUCUCCAUCACUGAUUAGUCCUGCACAGUCAUUAACAAACAAGGUACAAAUGACCUCUUCAAACAACACUGGCCAUCCUAUAUUCAGAUUUUCAUCUCCAAUUGUAAAAUCUACUGAGACGGAUGUACUACCUCCAUCAUCUAUUGGAUUUACAUUUAGUUUGCCUGUUACAAAAAGAGCAGAACUUUCUGGCUCUAGUAGUGUUUCAGAACCAAUUACAAGUGGUUCAGCUCAAGAUACCCCUGCAGUGAAGAGUUCAAGCUGUAAGAAGCAGUUAGAUGAAGAUUUUGAGAGCCCUUUGAGACCUGCUAUAAUCUUGAAAGAAGGAAGUGUCCUAGAUGUUUUGAAAAACCCUGGUUUCACAUCACCGAAGACAGAUUCUCUUGCAGCUCAGCCUACCACCACAGACCCAGUAGUAUAUACAAGACCAGCAAUAAGUAGUUUUUCUUCUAGUGGAAUUGGGUGUGAGGAAAGCUUAAAAGCUGGAUCGUCAUGGCAGUGUGAUACUUGUCUACUCCUGAACAAAGUUACAGACAACAAGUGCGUCGCCUGUCAAGCAACAAAAUUGCCACCAAGCGAUACUGCUAAACAAACUGGAAUUGGAACACCAAGUAAAAGUGGCAGACCAACUCUUUGUGCAUCUGGGACAGGUUUUGGAGAGAAAUUUAAACCAGCAGUAGGAACUUGGGAGUGUGAUACCUGUUUAGUGCAAAAUAAACCGGAAGCGAUAAAAUGUGUAGCUUGUGAAACACCAAAACCUGGAACUGGUUUUAAGCGAGUCCUUACAUUGCCAGUGGCUUCAGAAAGUGCUGUAACCGUGGCUUCUUCAUCUUCAGGCUGCACUGUGACCACUGGUGCCUUAGGAUUUGGAGAUAAAUUCAAAAGGCCUGUGGGAUCUUGGGAGUGUCCAGUAUGCUGUGUUUAUAAUAAUGCAGAAGACAAGAAAUGUGUGUCCUGUAUGUCUGAGAAACCAGGCCGUGCAACACCAACCUCAAAUUCAAGUAGCAGCACUGUCCCUGUGUCGCCAUCCUCUGGAGGCUGCCUAGGAUUGGACAAGUUCAAGAAACCUGAGGGAAGCUGGGACUGUGAAAUUUGCCUAGUGCAGAAUAAAGCAGAUGCGGUAAAAUGUGUAACCUGUGAAAGUGCAAAGCCAGGCACAAAUUCUGAUGUCUUUCGUAUUUUUGAAGGUUUUGGGGCAUCUUCCUCAUCUUUGAAACCAGCAGCCCCAUCCUUCAAAUUUGGUAUCUCGUCGUCCUCAUCUGCGCCUUCGCAGACUUUAAAACGUGUUGGAGAUGUUCAAUUCGAAGGUCAGGGAGGCUUGAAAAUAGAUGUGUCAUCAUAUCCUGGGUCUUUGAACCUUAUGAGUGAAGGCUUCAAUUCUUCUAAACCAACAGGAGAUUUUCAAUGUGGAGUUUCAUCUGAUUCUCAACGUAAAGAAGUUAAAAAGGACAGUAAGAAUGAUAAUAAUUUUAAGUCUGGGCUUUCUUCUGCUUUAAGCCAUCCAUCUCCUUUAGACCCACUUCAGUUUGGGGUGUCUAAUCUUGGGCAGCAAGAAAAGAAGGAGGAAGGACCCAAAGCUUCAUCUGUAGGCUUUAGCUCUGGUGCGGGAGUUAUUAACCCCACCCCUACUGCUACCUGCUCCACAGUGACCUCUGAGGACAAGGGCAGCUUCGACUCUGGAGCCACAGAAACCAAGGGUGCCUCGGUGGCUCCUUUCACAUGUAAGACGUCAGAAGCAAAAAAAGAAGAAAUGCCUACUGCCAAAGGACGGUUCCCUUUUGGCAGUGUGGACCCUGCCCCUGUGCCAUCGGCUUCAUUCUUUGUUUUGGGAAGGACAGAAGAGAAGCAGCGAGACCCUGUCACUGCUACUUCUCCAGUAUUUCAGAAGAAGUCUGACAAACAAGAACCAAAGAGUCAACCAGUGUUUUCCUUUGGGAAUUGUGAGCAAACCAAAGAUGAGAGUUCUUCAAAGUCGACCUUUAGUUUCAGUGCGGCAAAACCAUCUGAGAAGAAAUAUGAACAGCCAACAAAGGCCAUGUUUGCUCUUGGAUCUCAAACCACUGCUAUCGCUGAUCAAAGUUCUGCAAAGCCCGAUUUAAAUUUCUUGAACAACAGUUCCACUAAUGCAGGUCCACCAGCCACUUCAGCUACUGGCAGCCUAUUUGGCAGUUCCACGUCCUCCUCCAGGGCAGCUGUGGCUGCCUCUGUGUAUGGAAAGGCCAGCCCAAUGAGCAACUCAGCCUUUGGGGACCCAGCCGGAUCCAGUACGUCUCAGUCUUUGCUCUUGUCUGAAGAGAGCAAACCAGCAACCACAUCUAGCACGGGUACUACUGUUACCCCAUUUGUCUUUGGUCCUGGAGCCAGUAGUAAUAAUACACCAACGUCUGGUUUCAACUUUGGAGCUACAACCACAUCUAGCACAGCAGGAUCCUCCUUUGUAUUUGGCACUGGACCUUCAGCACCAUCUGCCAGUCCAUCAUUUGGUGUGAACCAGACUCCAACGUUUGGACAAAGUCAAGGUGCCAGCCAGCCGAAUCCCCCAGGCUUUGGAUCUCUAUCAUCUUCUGGAGGAUUAUUUUCUGCUGGUUCUCAGCCCGCACCACCUACUUUUGGGACAGUGUCAAGCAGUAGUCAUCCACCCGUGUUUGGACAACAGCCUGGUCAGUCUGCAUUUGGCUCUGGAGCAGCUCCUAAUUCCAGUUCAGUUUUCCAGUUUGGCAGCAGCACUACAAAUUUUAACUUCACCAACAACAAUCCAUCAGGAGUAUUCACAUUUGGUGCGAAUCCUAGCACACCUGCAGCCUCAGCCCAGCCUUCCAGCUCAGGGGGCUUUCCAUUCAAUCAGCCAUCAGCAGCAUUUACAGUGGGGUCAAAUGGGAAAAAUAUGUUCUCUUCUCCUGGAACUUCAGUUCCUGGUCGCAAGAUAAAGACUGCUGUUAGACGCAGGAAAUAAAGAUCACAAUGGUGUUAUACACAACAAUUUUAAUAGUUGGUGUCCUGCUUUCAGACUGGAUUGUACUACAUGCUGGGGUUAUCUGAAGUCUAAGAACUUCUUUGAUUUUGGAAUUUUACUCCUUUUUCUUUCUUUGCGGAAGCCCCACCCUCACCUCCCGCCAGCCUCCUUUUAAAAAACAAUAGCUAGACUGAUGACUGAUUCUUCAGCAAAAAUAUUUUAUGAUCCAGCAAAUUAUUUACUGAUUUGGCUUAGGCUGGCUGAAUCUAGGAAUAGAGCCUGCUCAGCGAAUGGCUUUGUAUAGAACCUCUUCGUCUGCACCACUAUGUGCGUUGGUAUGCGUUUAUGGAACGCAUUGGAAUUGUAAUUAUAGCUGAGGAAUUCUGUAUAGAUUAGAGGAUAUUGAAAUGAAUGAUUUCCAUGCCAAGCUUGUGCUGGUGUAUGUGUGAAGUGAGUGAGUUGGGUGUAUUGUGCACUAAAAUUUUCUGAUAGAGGAAGCCUGAUUAAAGAAUGAUCCAUGCUAAGGACUUGUUAGAUCUAGUUCCUUCUCCAUUUAAUAAUUCUAUGCUAUUUCUAUAUUUUCAUUCUUCUGACUAUCACCUGUCUUGCCUUUUUCAUUAUUUUAUUACGAAACGAGUGUAAAUACAAUUUUGUUUCUGUACUUUUUUGGCAUAACAUAUAAAUCUGUGAACUUGAAAUUUUAAUUUUGUGUUAGAAUUUUUUUUGUUUGUUUAGUCUUGUCUCAGAUUUUAUGUAAAUCCCAUUAUUCAAAGUUACCUAAAUCCAUUUGGAAAUCUUUAAAAAAAAAUUGGAGAUUCUUAAAGUGAAUUUAUUGGCUUUUCUGAUCCAGUUUUGUUUGGACCAAAAACCAGUAUUGUACAAAGUAUUAAGCAUAUAUUUUUAUAUUUACUGAAAUGGACUGUGGUGACUUUGGAUAAUAAGGAAAAGUUUAAUAUUAAGCCAUGUUUAUUACAGUAUAAUUAACAUGUUAAACCAUGGGAUAAAUGCCAUCAAUAAAAAAUUAUGAAAUA